UGUUGCUCGGUGUACGAGUGUGAGCCAUAGUGACCGCACCUGCUUCCGCCAUCACCUUCUGUGCUAUGCCUCCUAGACGCCGAAGACGUGAGGAAACCCCUCCUGUUGAUGAUGGGGGAGAUACACCGCAGAAUCUUGCAGAUGCGUUUGGACAGUUCUUUCAGCAGUUUGCUGCCGUACUCCCCGGUUCACGCACUGACUAUACUGUGGAGCGUGCUAAGAGAAACGGGGCUCAGACUUUUGCUUCCGCCACAUCACCUGUAGAGGCUCAGCGGUGGCUUGAUAGGAUGGAGAGAGUGUUCUCCCAGAUGGAGCUCCCAGAGGACAGGAAGGUUAAUUUGGCGGUGCAGUUCCUGGAGGAUACCGCCUGGCAUUGGUGGACUGGUGUUGUCAAUGACCCUGCAAAUGCUGGCCCGAUGACGUGGGAUAUGUUCAAGGCCCAUUUCUGUGGACGGUACUUUAGUGAUGCCCACCUUAAUCGGAUGCAAGACCAGUUCUUGAGCUUGGUGAAGAGGGAUGAGCAGUCAGUGUUGGAGUUUGAGCAGGAGUUUCUCUCUUUGGCCCAUCAUGUGCCGGAUUUGGUUCGUACUGAGCAAAGUAAGAUUCGUAGAUUUGUCUUGGGACUUGGAGGAAAGUUUAAGAAUAAGAUGUUAGGCACACCGUACCGUAGCUUUGCUGAGGCAGUAUCUUAUGCCAUGGACAUUGAGUCAGACUCACCUGCUGGAUUUCACCCUAGGGAUUCUGGCGGCCCUAGCCAGGGUCCAUCUAAGAGGGCUGCUUCCACUUCUGGUUCAGGAUCUUCUGGAGGUAGUAGAUUUGUCAGUUCAGACUCGACCACCUUACCGGAUUUUGGAGGACUUAAUGUGGGAGGUGGACAGUCUGAGUGGCAGUUCAGUGACAGCCCAGGUCAGUACGGUGGUACCUCAGAGGGAUUCCAUACUUGGAGGGAUCGUUCCCAGCAUCAAACGAGAGAUGUGACGUGCUAUCAGUGCGGACAGCAGGGUCAUUAUAGAAGGGAUUGCCCUACAUUGACUCAGGACGCUACUCCAAACGUCGGUCAAGGUUCUAGUCAUGCAUCAGGAGGGUUAUCUAGCGGCACUCACACUAAUUCAACCAAGGGCGACACUUCCACCAGUUCUGCCAGGGGCGGCACUCAACGGAGUAGUGGUCGUCGUGGACGUCCAGCGAUACAAACAAGACUUCAUGCCAUGGUUCAGCGAGAGGAUCACGUUCCUCUAGGUACUACCGACGGUACGAUAUUCCUAAUCUUGAGUUAUUUAUUUCUCUUAUAUUGUUUCACCGGGGGAUGGUAUUCAAUAGAGUUGGUUUAG